AUGAUAAAAUCAUUUGGUUACCUAGUAUGUGGAGCUGUUAUGAUUCCAUCAAUUACGUAUCUCAAAGAUUAAAGCUAGAUUGGCAGGUUCUACUGUGUAUCUUUAUCCUGAAUUUCGAACAAAUCCGGCAUAAUUUUGGCUUGCAUUUUAAAGAGUUUAUAGAGUUGUAAAAGCUGGAACUAAUAUGGCUUUAGCAUACCUUACACAGCCAGAUCAACCAAUGGAUGAUAAACACUACUAUGGUGCUCUUUAACUUAGAUAAGCCUUCUAGUAGAAUAAAGGCUUAUACAUCAAAUUUGGAUAGAUUUUAGGAUCUGUAAAUCAUUAAAAAUAUUUUUAGCUCGACAUUAUAAUACCAGAGCCUUAUAGAGCAACUUUUGAGGUUAUGUGCACUUAAAAUAUUGAAACACCUUUCGAUGAUAUUGAGAGAUAGAUAUAACUUUCCACAGGUAAAAAAAUAGAGGAACUAUUUUAAACUUUCUCAAAGAAACCUAUCUCAUCAGCUUCAAUAGCAUAAGUGCAUUAAGCAUUUUUAAAGGAUGGCAGAGAAGUUGCAGUAAAAAUUUAGCAUCCUUGGUUGAAAGAAUAAAUUGAUGGAGAUGUUAAAUUAAUCAGCCUAUUUACAGAUGUAGCAGAAUUUAUUUUUAAAGGUUUUAAAUAUAAAUGGUUGGCUGAAGAAUUAUAGGUAAAUUUACCAAAAGAGCUUGAUUUUCAUGGAGAAAUUAAUAAUGCUAAAAGAAUUAAAGAAAUUCUUAAACCUUUUCCUGAUAUUUAUAUACCAAAAGUUUAUGAAGAAUAUUGUAAUGAUAGGAUAAUUGUAAUGGAGUUUAUUCAUGGCACUCCUCUCUCUGAUAUUUUGAGAGAAAAGGAGAAACAUGAUUUCAAUUAUCCUAAAAUAGCUCAUACUAUUUCAACUGCUUUUGCUCAUUAAAUAUUCAAGCAUGGAUUUGUACAUUCAGAUCCUCAUAAAGGUAAUAUAAUGGUUAGAAAAUUAAAUGGAAAAUAACAAGUAGUAUUAUUAGAUCAUGGACUCUACACAACAUUAACUGAAAAAACUAGACUUAGUUAUUCACUUUUAUGGCAAGGAAUUUUAGAAAUGAAUUUAGAUUAUAUAAAAUAAGCAACUAAUGAUUUAGGAGCUGCUUAAAAUUAUAAAUUAUUUGCUUCUAUGGUUACCAGCAAAAGAUUUUCAGAUUUGAUGAAUACUUCAAUGAAUAUGUAGGAUAGAUUAAAAAGACCAAAAGAUUAAGAUGAAAUUGCUAUAUUGAUUUAAAAGGCAGCUAAAAAACAUAAACAAAUAACAAUAAUAUUAAAUUAGAUUGAUAGGUAAUUUUAUUAUUUUUAAUGUAGAAAACUUUUGAUGUUAUUUAAAAUAAAUGAUUUUCUAAAAAAUAUUGAAUUCAGAUUAGGAAACCCAAUUGAUAGUUGUUAAAUCACAUAUAAAUAUGUAUCUAUGGUGAAUUAUGAAGAUAAAAUUAAAAAGCAAAAUAUAUUUAGAAGAAUGAUGUACAAAUUCCGACUCUUGUUGCAUAAAGCAAAAUUCGAAAUUUUAAGUAUUGUUAUGAGUAUUAUUAUGUGAAAAUGUGU